AUGUUCCGCAGUUUAUUGGUGAAAAGAUCGUCUCCAGUUGCCAGAAUUGGUUAUCUGGGAUUCCACAGCUGUAGUGUAGUCUUAGCUGGACAUUCUAAGUGGGCCAACAUCAGACACGAUAAAGCCAAGAACGACGCAAAGAGAUCCAAAGAAGCCUAUGCUAUAGCAACCAAGAUAGAAGCAAGUGUACGAGCCGGAGGAGCCGACUCUAAUGCCCAAUUGGAUACUUUAGUAGAAAAAGCAAAGAAACUCAAUGUCACCAAAAAAAUCAUUGAGAAUGCCAUUAAGAGAGGCUUGGGGGAAUCUUCCAUCGAUGGCCCAGCCUUGACAGAAGUUCAGUACGAGUUUAUGGGCCCCGGAGGUGUUGCCAUUAUCGUCACUGCAAAUACGGACAACAAGGCUAGAACGGUGAUGUUGGUGAAAACAGCCUUGAGUAGAUUCAAUGCAAACUUAUCACCAUGCUUGUAUAUGUUUGCUAAGAAGGGAGAGGUGAUUUUCGAGCCCUUGAACAACGAAGAGACUUUGGACGAUAUCUUGGAGGUAGCCAUCGACAUUGGAGCCGAAGAUGUAGAAGAGUUCAAGGACUACGAAAACGAAUACCCUGGUGAGAACCUCUAUCGUAUGAUCACAGAUUCUUCAGACCUCAAUUCUGUAUCAAACAGUUUAUCCAAAAAGGGCUAUAAGUUGAAGGAUGCCAGUACAAAACUCAUUGCUGAACCAGACAACGAAGUUUCGUUCCCUGAGGACUAUGCUAAGAGCUUUAACAGAGCAUUGUCAGAGCUCGACAACAUUGCUGAGGUAUCUGACUAUUAUACAAAUAUCAAGGAGGAAGAUGACGAAGAAUAG